CGAAACCGCGCCGAUAUGCCGCCGCGGCGCAAGCGCGACGGUGUCGUCAAGAAAGCGCCCAAGAAGCCGCGCGACUACAAGAAGUUCAACCAUGACUCGGUCGCGGCGCUCCAGAUCAUCACAAAACCCAAGUCGAAAGAAGACGAGGCCGCACUCUUCGCCACGAACAAGGCGUCGCUGCUGCACGCGACGUUCCAUCGCGCCGUCUACUCGAUCAUUUCGCAGUACCACCAGUCGUACAUUGACUGGUACCCCGACCACCCAAAGAGCUACGAGCGACAAGGCUACAGCCAAUUCGAGCUCGGUAACUACAUGAAGGCGAUCGAGCGCCUCGGCCAAGCCAUUUACCUUGGCACCAGCAGCGGCAAGGUGUGGCGCACCCUCGGCAAGGCGUGCUACCUUCAGUGGGAGCGCACCCACGCGUGGGGUCUUCUCUGGGACGCGAAAAAGUGUUACGAGUAUGGACUCCAGUACCUCGAAGUCGCGACGAGCCCGUUUGUGAUGCUCGAGCUACUCCAGGUCUUCGAAGGCCUCGGGGACUUUUCCAAUGCGCUGGGCACGGCGCGGACAUUGCUGUUUACGUAUCCGCAGUUCAAGCUCGUUGACCGCGUCAUAUUCCACGCUGUCGUGCUCAUGUUCCAGCGCAUUGUCUUCCAGCAGAUCGACGUGACGUCGUCGGACUGCAACGAGCUCUUGGAGCAGUGCUGCGAGUAUUGUAAAUUUAUCAUUGACAAGGACAUCUCCAAGACCGACUGGUUUGUCGACGUCUUGUACAUCACGGCGCGCGUCCAUGAGACACGGGGCCUUGCCCGCACCGUCAAGUACGCGGCCAAGACGUACGAAGAGCUCUAUCGCGUCGCACUGCGUCAGCGUUUGUUUACGCCGCUCCCGGGCAAAACCUACGCCGAUUGGUUCCAGGACCAGUCAACGUGGAAGACGUGGGUCGAUUACUUUGACGCGCGCCACUGCUACAUUCUGUGCGUCGAUGCGACCCAAGAGGCCAUCAAGCGCAUCAAAACUCGCCAAUGGAACGCGUCGACGUUUGCGUGGGGGCCCGACGCGACGCUUUGGCUCCAGCUCGGCCAUGCGUACUUCAAGUGCAACGCGAUGGUUCCGGCGGUGGCGGCCGCGACAACGGCUUUCUACUUUGGCCAUUACCGCGACGACAUUCGGUCGACGCUUCUCGAGUGGUACCCCGACCGUUGGCGACCGCUCUUGGAGUGCGAAGCCAAAAGUCAAGUGAUAAUCGCGUCGCUGUUGCGUGGCGUGUGGGGCCGCGACGCUGCCAAGCAGCAGAAAGCCAACGUGAUUGCCGCCGCGAUCCAAGCGUACGCGACGUCGCCGUACAGCAACCUCCGCGCGCGCAAGGUGCUCUUGCGCUACCGCUUUGAAAAGUACGCGCCCAAGUUUGCAGCCCAAGACUUGGCCGCCCGUACCCUCCAACGAGCCAGUCGACGCUGGCUGUCGACUCUGCGGGCCUACUAUACGCACAAGGCCAACUGCGACCACCGAAUGCUCGCGCUGGAAUGUAAAUUGUCGCACAACCCGUACGACCGCCUCGUUCGACACGAACUCGGGACGCUCUCGCCCAUGUAUCGAGCGCUCUUUGCCGCGCAAGCCGACGCGGCGACUACGAUUCAGCGCGUCUACAGGGGUGCCAAGGUCCGGUUCCAGUUUCGCUUGGAUGUGGCGGAAAAGCGACUGGCCGAUGUCGAGAUGCUACGGCGCACGCGAGCUGCUUCGACGAUCCAGCGACGCGUCCGCUUCAUUCGAGGCCAUGCGAUUCUACGCACGCGGCAAAUUUGGCGCCAGCGACGUACCAGACUCGCGGUGAACCUCCAGCGACUCUACCGGAAGAAGCACUCGCGCAUGGCCCAGUUCCUCCGGCGCCGCGCCAAGCUCAAGGCCGACGAAGCGCGGUAUCAGCUCCACCGCCGCAUGUGCAUUCGCAUUCAAACGUGGUGGCGCCGGCACGUGGCCUCGUCGACCCGCGACGAACCUCUCAACGAGGCGCAAUUCCUCCUCGAGCGACUCUUGCGCGGCCAUGAAACCCUCAUGCACGACGAGCGCGAUUUGGACUUUUAUGCUCGAAAAAUCCAAGCCAUUUACCGCGGGCGGCGAGCGCGGAUCAACCUCAAGGGGCUCCAGCGAAGACGCGUGCCGCCACCGCCCUCCAUCACGGCCACGCUACGCGCGUCGCUGCCCGUCGCGAGUCUCGGCGUCGUUCGUGAUGGCAUGGCUGUCGCUCAAAUUCGCCAUAGUUUCGAGGUGGCCGAAGGGCUCGUGCUCGAGCCGAGGCAACCGCUCCAACAUGACAUCUACUGCGCCAACCUUACAGCCGCACUGGCUGCGAACGCACCCAGCAUCAAGACGAUCCUCGCACCACCGGGGUGUCUCUUGCGCGACCGCGGGCUCGGCUGCUUGGUAGAAGCCAUGCGCUCGAACCAGCUCAAGAACCUGCGUGUGCUUGCGAUUGGCGCAAAUGAUAUUCAAGGCGACGCCCCUUUUCGGUACGGUCACUUGAUGCGCGUGGUGCUCGGCCGUGCUGGUGUUACGGACGCGGCAUGCGACGCGAUUGGGAAGGCACUCGCAAUCAACCGAGUGCUAAAGCGGCUCGAGCUUCCUGGCAACAAGAUUCGAGACGCUGGCGCCUCGUUACUCGCAGCUGGAUUGCAGCAGUCACCAUCGUUGCACCUCUUGGACCUGAGCGACAACUGCAUUGGGUCCAUCGGUGGCCUCGCGCUCUGCGAGUGCCUCCACGCGCCGUCGUCUGCAUUGCGCGUGCUUUUACUGCGCAACAACAACCUCCAAAACGACGUCGUGCCGCGUCUCCGCGCCAUUCUCUUCCUGGCGAUCGACCACAUCGAGUGCGUCGACGUCCGCGGCAACUUGAUCCAUGACGACCACGUGCUCGAACUGCACGCACAGUUCCCACCGCAGGCUGGCGAGUAUUACAUCGUGCCAGAGGCGCUACCACCCGUGUUGGUACCAAGUGCAAGCGCUGCAUUUGACGCGGCCAAGUUGAAGCUGCUCCGGCAACCUGCGACGGUGCGGGCCACGAGCAAGCCGCGCAACGCGCUGCAGGCGCUACGCCAUGCGCAGCGAAACCGGCCUCUCGGCGGCUACCGGAACGCCGAAACGACAUUGCUGCAGCGCCCGAGGCUGCCGUCCAAAUGUGUAACUUGA